CAACUUUGGCAGGACGCCUGUGAGGUGUGCACAUGGCCGCGCACGCCGCCACCUGCUGCUUUGACCUGGAGGAGAGUGAUGCGCGCGAGUUUUGCGGUCAGCUUGACGGCGUCAAGUUUGGCAAGUGAAACUGUAGCCGCGCAGGAGCAUCACUCACCUGCUGGCGGGACUUCAGCGAACGGGACCACCCUGCGGAAGCGCAACUGCGGGAUGAGAGGCGUAGGGAAGCCGGAAUACGACUUGAUGUGAGCGUUCCACCAUGGAGGAGAAGUUCAGUCGACUCGUCUUCAUCCCCAUCGCAGCCUUGCUCUGCUUCAUGAUCGGCUACCAGUACGUGUGUCCGGCGGAGAGCAACACCUGCUACUUCCGACGUGAAGAGAGCGACCCUUUGGAGCACUCGUCAUCCCACUACACCGGGCAGGUGGACGAGGACCUCACAAAGACCACCUUCAGGUUUAAUUUCACGGAGCGAGACCUGGACAGACACGUGGACUUUAACAUGCGAGCAGAUGACGUGAUGGUGUUUCUGCACAUCCAAAAGACCGGAGGAACCACGUUCGGGCGCCACUUGGUAAAAAACAUCCAACUAGAGCAGCCAUGUGAGUGCAUGCCCGGCCAGAGGAAAUGCACAUGUCACCGGCCCGGGAAAAGUGAGUCGUGGCUUUUCUCCCGGUUCUCCACCGGAUGGAGUUGCGGCUUGCACGCAGACUGGACCGAACUUACGAGCUGUGUUCCCGUGGUGAUGAACAAGAGGGACAAAAAGACUUCCCAAAGGAGAAAGAGGAAUUUCUACUACAUCACAAUGCUCCGUGACCCCGUGUCGCGCUACCUCAGUGAAUGGAAGCACGUACAGCGCGGUGCCACUUGGAAAACCGCGCUCCACAUGUGUGAUGGCCGCCCUCCCACUCUGGAUGAACUUCCUGCCUGCUACAGCGGUGAAGACUGGACCGGUGUGCCCCUGGCGGACUUCAUGAACUGCCCCUCCAACCUGGCCAACAAUCGGCAGGUGCGCAUGCUGGCUGACCUCAGCCUUGUGGGCUGCUACAAUAUGUCGUCCAUGAAUGAGCUGCAAAGAGGCCGCGUGCUGCUUGCCAGCGCCAAGGCCAACCUGCGCAACAUGGCCUUCUACGGCCUGACCGAGUUCCAGCGAAAGACGCAACACUUGUUCGAGCGGACUUUCGGUCUGCGCUUCAUCCGGCCCUUCAUGCAGAUCAACAGCACGCGUGCAGCCAGCGUGGGAAUCAGCGAGAAGGUGCAGUGGCGCAUCGAAGGUCUCAACGCCCUCGAUGUAGAGCUGUACGAAUACGCCAAAGACCUCUUCCUGCAGCGCUACCAGUACAACCGACAAAAGCAGCACCAAGAGGAGCGCCUUCGGCGGCGGCAAGAGAAGCAGCGUCUGCACAGGACCUACCUGGCCGAACUGCUGAGAUUAGGAGGAGAGCAGGAGGAGGAGGAGGAGGUGAAGGUGGUUGCCACUACAGAGGACUACAGCAGUCAGGUGGUGCGAUGGUGAGGAGGACACAAAACAGACCAGACUGCAUGUCCGCCCUCUUCUCUCCGCUGUCAAUCUGCCAAAUUCUGUCAGCCCUAAUUGUUGGCCUGCCCAAUGGUGUCUUAAUAUUUAUGAUUGUAACAUUUUCUAUGUGUUUGUUUCCUAUGGCUAUUUUGGCACUGCAGUUGUGAAAUGUGUUGAGUUUUGGGCCAUUUUGAAAUGAAUGAAUGGGCUUUAAAGAUCUUGUGUGUCAUGUUCUAGCACCGUGUUGACCAUUCCAGUAUCGUGCUUACUUUGUGGUUGGCCAGGAAAAUCAAAGCACAAACUUGGCAGAAAGCUUUCUUUCCUCCAAUCUUCAGUAAAGAGAAACAAUCAAGACUUGGCGGAAAUCCCGUCGAUAAAAAUAUGCGGCAUACUGUGAUGUAACUGUAUUCCUGAUCAGCUUUUUUUUAUGGGGGCAAAAUGGAAAAAUAGCUCCAAAGCUGUAAGAAACAUUGCGACACAUUUACACAUUAGGAAAAGAAAUGAUGUGAUGUAGCAGACCGAUUUUCUUACGUUAUUGGCCUGAUAUUGGAACACUGUGGGCAGAAUAACUUCCUGUACAAGGGUAGAAGAAUGUCUCCCAUCAUAAAGGCCGGGUUACAGAAAUUGAAGGCUGAUAGCGGCCCUGUUUGGACUCAAACUAAAAAAAAAAUCCUCUAAUGUGUCUAUGUAUGAUGGUGUUUUGUUUGUGGCCAGGUUUGCAGCAAUACACUGGUGUGCUUUUACAGCAGAUUAUCAUCACAGAUAAAUCAUUACCUUUAAUUAGCACCAAUGUUGUCUGCGAUUGAAUGCGGGGGAGUAGGUUGAUCUUACUUGCCUGCUGAGAAGAAGACAUUGCAGGUAGCGUUCAAAGGCUAUAAAUAGCCGUACUUGCAGGCGAAACUCAACUUUUAGAUCAUUAGCUUCACUGAGCUAAAUUAUUAGCAGGAAAGUGGAAACCUCCUGCGAAUGAACAGUGUAUUUUGUAGGCGUGAGUAUUAUUAAAAUAAAAAGUGAAAUUACAGGAUUACAUCUUUCAAGUAAAUUACAUUUAUGCGCCUAAUAUGCUCUUAUUAUUACGUAUAACAUCGUUUUCUCGACUUUUUCACAAAAAAUGUCAACUUUAUUUUUCUAGGGGUGUCCCGAUCACUUCCGAUGUGAUACAGAUAUUGUGGCGUUAAGUUAAGUCAAUCCGUUACGAUAUCAGCACAAUUCAUCCAUACUUUUAUUACUUAUUUAGUGGUGUGGAAUAUUAGAAAAGGCUUGAUCAAACAGAAAACAAUAGUCAGCAACCGGGACAAAAACUCACAUCCUCAUGGUGUUUUUUGUAGUGCUGCUUCGGAUGCGCGAUGAGGUCGGUCGUGUUGAACUUCCCCCGUUCUGUGCCACCACGAGGGACUCGUGCAUGAGGGGUUUUGCACUCGGCCGAGAUGUCUUUUUCAGACGUCGCUCUUGCUGCUUGCUACUUUGCUAGCACAAUAGCACACAUGCUAUUGUUGUGAUCAGUGGGCUCUUUCUGUGUGCUGCUAAUGUGGAGUAACACACUAUCACCAUGGUAACAUUGGCUAAACUCAUAGCCUGGUCGGGACCAGGUUAUGUCCAGGCUUUCAGCUUAAAAUGCACUAUGAAAAUGCCACUGUUUCACUGUUUAACUAAUUCGGAGAUGGUGUCACCAUUUUUUGAGAACCCUAAGGCACAGGAGAAAAAAUGAAAAGAAUAGCAUUCCCUUAUGAUCAAAUGAACCAAAUUAUCCAUCUAUAAGCGAGAUACAUUUUCAGCGGAGGAAAUACGCCAGAUAUGCUCACGCGAGCGAGCACCAGAAAUAAAAUGCAAUAUGAAAUAGUAACAACAUUAAUUAAUUUAUGGUGUAAAUGUCACAGGAGUCCUUGCGUGAGUACUCAGCCCGUUAGUCUUCGUAUAUUACAAUAUUUGCUGGGGGAAUAAACACUCUGAGGCAUCAAUCAACUGCAUUAAAACACUUGUUUUAUUAUAAAAAGGGAUGGAUGGAAAACAAAUUAAAACACUAUAACACUAUAACAUCAGAAAAGUAAGUUGUUGCUCCAAUGUAUUUUUUUUUUUAAUUGGAUAAGUGUUAAUACGUCAAAGUUGUGCGAUGUUGAGCGUUGAUAAAUUAAAAUACUAGUGGGGUAUAGUUAGCAUAAUAAUCAGUGUUAACUUGCAUUCACAGGCUGCAUGCUGGCAUGCCAGCAGUCCUCCCUCGCUGUAUUGGCGGCGACAGUGUUGGAUUUAGCAGUCAUAAUCUUUUGGGAACUCCUCAUAAAGCUCCAUAAUACUUUUUGUAAAAUACGCUGGGUGGUAUCGCGUCACUUUUCAGCGGAAGUAGAAUAAUAUGACGUCAAACGCCCGCUUUCACGUGAACGCGCAUUUAGCACAAAGCCGAAAACCGGACUUGACAAAGUAAGGUAAUAACCACCGUCGCGGAACCAAUUAAGUCUGAUUGCGGAUGUUUUGCGGAUGGCGAGUUGCAUCUUGAGCACAAAGCCUGGGUUCGUGGAUCCACUUUCGCCGUAUACCCCCUAGAUUUGUCAUAGCAUUAUUAUUUUUUUUAUUUUUUUUACCGUGACCUGACCCAAAUUUACCUAGUAUUUCACAGGUCAACAUGGUGCUAUGUACUGCGCCAUUGUUGUGUAAAUAAAUGUCAUGGCACAUAUGGCAAUGAAAAAUAAUAACUCAGAAAUGUGAUGCAUAGAACAACUGCUUCAAUUGCAAUAGAAAAGACUACCUUGUUUGUCAUGUGAAAGCCAAAAAUAAAGGUCUUUCCUUCCUCGAAUGUUGUUGAAAUCUGCUGUCAGUUAAGGCACAUCACCAGGGCAUCAAAGUGGGGGAAGAAGUGGGAACGUUGUACAAGGCCCCCCAGCAUGUGGUUCCUGACUUUUGUGAAGUUUUGAAGAUUGUUUUUCUUUUAUUUACAUACUGUACAUGUGCAAAAGAGUUUGCCCCCUUCUCGAUUUAUUUAUUUUUGCAUGUCUGUCACACGUAAAUGUUUCAGAUCAUCAAACAAAUUUAAAUGAGUCAGUGACAACACAACUGAACACAAAAUGCAGUUUUUAAAUCCAAACCUACAUGGUCCUGUGUGAAAAAGUGAUUCCCCCUUUGUUAAAACAUAACUGAGAUUAAUUGAGCUCUAUCAGUCUGGAAAAGGUUAUAAAGCCAUUUCUGAAGCUUCGGGACUCCAGCAAACCACAGUGAGAGCCAUUAUCCACAAAUGGCGAAAACAUGGAACAGUGGUGAAUCUUCCCAGGAGUGGCAAAAUUACUCCAACAGUGCAGAAAUGACUAACCUAAGAGGUCACAAAAGACCCCACAAAAACAUCCAAAGAACUGCAAGCCUCACUUGCCUCAGUUAAGGUCAGUGUUCAUGACUCCAACAUAAGAAAGACACUGGGCAAAAAGGGCCUCCAUGGCAGAGUUCCUAGACGAAAACAACUGCUGAACAAAAAGAACAUUAAGGCUUGUCUCAAUUUUGCCAGAAAACAUCUCCCAGGACCUUUGAGAAAAUACUCAAAGUGUGGUCUGACGAGACUAAAGUUAAAAUGUUUGGAAGGUGUGUGUCCCAUUACAUCUGGCGAAGAAGUAACGCUGCAUUUCAGAAAAAGAACAUCAUACCAACAGUAAAAUAUGGUGGUGGUAGUGUGAUGGUCUUGGGAUGUUUUGCUGCUUCAGGACCUGGAAGACCAUCUGUUGGUCACCUCAAGCUGAAACCAACUUGGGUUCUGCAGCAGGACAAUGAUCCAAAACACACCAGCAAGUCCACCUCUGAAUGACUGAAGAAAAACAAAAUGAAGAUUUGGAAUUUGAAGUUUUAGUCAAGUCAUUUUACUGACUUGAGUGCUUAUGCAGAAACUCACACAUGCUGACCAAGUUGUAAAUCGAGCACUCGAUGUUUUGUGUCAACACACAUGAAUCGGUAGCGGUAGCAGGGGUGCAAAGGAAGGGUUGGCCAUUGUUUGAAUUUGAGCGAUUCCUGUUCCAAUUUCAACUCCUCAUUUUGAUUCUGGUUUUUAUGAAUGACUUUACUACGAAUUUCUAACCAGUAUAUAAAAAUGAAACUAUUCAACUUGAACAUAAAUGUUUUGAAAUCUCUUUACAUCGGAGUGCACUCUCACAAAUGACUUUUAUUUUUGAAAACCUCACGACAAGACAAUGACACAUAUCCUGUUGUUUAUGUGUUGAAGAGUGUCUUACGAUGCAGAAUAGACAGAGUGUAACUUAACCACGUUACUGAGGUCCUGCUAACCUGCAUGCAGAAUAUCAAACAAGUACGGUGAAUGGAGUAACAUUCUGGUCAACUUAACUUCCUGGCUAAAGCUGGUGUUAGCGUCAGGUCGUUUGUCUAUGAAAAAGUACAUAACCUUACUGGAUAUUUUAGUUGGCCACCGCAUUCGCAGGAUAAAGUAUACUUUUUGCUGCUUUAAUGUUGGCGUAAGAUUGAUGUAAUUUAUUGUUUAACUUACCUGACUGGUUGGAAGAAGACCGGCGUAGCGCGUCAAAAACAGGGUACUCUGUGCAUUUUGAAUCCGGAGGUGUUUAAUCACGUUAGCGGUGCACUCUUCGUCUCAUGAUACGAUGGCGUUGCAAAUGUUGCUCUGCGGCGUAUGUGGACAUUUUUUCCGGUCGGGAGGCUGGUCGAUCACCGAACGUACGAAUCGAAAUUUGAAACAAUUAACAAAUUGGAAUGAUAGUCCCGUUUCCCAAUUGAUGCUAGAUGCCCAAAUUAGAUGACGAGUACCCGUGAGGGCCAAUUCAGUAAAAAGCCAUUUUUGAAUGACUCAUUAGUGACUCGCACAUCUCUGGUAAGUGCAGCAGACACGAGCAUUCAACACAGCCAUCACGUCAUCAAAGCUCACGUUUAUGCAUUCACACACAUUUGCACAUUAACAGUCUUUGUAUUCAGCGUCAGCAUUUGGGAACAGCGAUGAGACGAAAGAGGGUGAAAACACGUUUGUGGCAGCGCCAGAGUUGUGUACAGUAUCCGUUUCACUUUUGCAUCUCAUAGCACGUGACUGUGGUGCGUUCGGACCGUCGAGUAAUGUGUGAAAAAGCUGUUUUCAACACACAUAACGCUUCUACACAUAACGAUGGUCACACAAUGCUGAACAGUGCAAAAAGGUUUAUUUUACAAAAUAACGUAAACAGAGCUUCAGAUAGGUUCUUUUCCUUGGUGCUGUGGGGUUCAGUGCAGUCUUUGAAUAGGUGGUAGCUGGAGCCUUUAUGAUUAAAAUCAUCAGCGAAAUUUAUGUGUCAAAGAUCACCUUGGCACAUGGAAAUAUGUGCGUGGAAACUGCAGAGGCAGCCAGCGGGGGAAAGAGGAGGACGUAUAAGGAGAAACAGAAAGCUCUGUCUACAGUUUGGGCAUCCUGGCUGCGUUGAGACGCAUCGACACACAGGAAGCUCCAGCGGCGUAACGCAUCUCCCUCAGCAUGCCGCUCCACUGCUUCUUAUCAUUCUCAUACCUAUUGGAGUGGGAGCACAGUCAGAGUUCCGCGCAAUCACGUUUUGUACAACCUGCUGCUUUUCAAGAAGACUUACUGCCAGACAUCAGUGACCUCCGUGGGAGCCACCUCCUUGUUCUCCAUCUCAAUCAUGGCAAAGCCGCCCACGGCGUACAGCGCGCCACCGGUACUCACUAAAUUGACAGAGCUUCUCUCCUGAGGGAAUUCUGUGAAUGGCUCCCACCUGGCAACAUGAGGAUAAGGUCAAGUAGAAAAUAACUUCCACGCAUAAUUAAACAUACAACAUACUUGUUUGUUGCAAAGUUGUAAGAUUCACAGGAAGCAGUGAGGCCUCCCUCGUUCACUCCGCCGGCCACCACGAUCUUGCCAUCGUGGAUGACGGCACCAAACAUGGCUCUGGGAGUCUUCAUGGCGCCCAGCUCCCUCCACUCGGACUGCUUGUGGUUGUACACAAACAUCUUGCUGAGAGCUUUGCUGCAGAGAACAACAACACCUGAUCACAUAUUGCUAGCUUAAGCCAAGUUAUGAUUUGUAUUUGAAACAUGCAACAAGCAAAAUACCAUCCUGGACGUAAACACUGUUAAUUUCUUUCUUUCCUUCUUUAUCUUACGUGUAAAUAAUGAACACUUCUAGUAUAACAUACUCAUAUAUGAACUGGACACAUGUAUUAAACUAUUCUUAGUCACGUGUAAUUGUAUGUUUUGGAAGCACAGCGGCGCAUUUGGUUUGCACGUGUGGGUAUGAGUCUCGGCUCUGACGUCUGUGUGAGAUUUGCGUGUUCUCCCCUUGUGUGGGCCAAUUAAUUAAUUGGAGACUCUAAAUAGCGCAUAGAUGUAAGUGUGAAUGUGAAUGGUUGUUUGUCUAUAUGUGUCCAAUGAUUGGCGGGCAACCAGUCCAGAAAGUACCCCGCUUCUCGCCCAGUGUUAGCUGCGGUAGGCUUUGGCUUACUUGUGACCCUGGACAGGAUAAGCAUUAGAAAAUGAAUGACUGAAGGAAUCUAUCUAAUCUAUGUUCAUUCAAAAUACAGUUUGUCCAGUUUUGAAUGGCUGAGUGGUACUGAUAUUGUUUUGUAUUGAGUGAUGUUGUUUUGUCAGUGAUGGUCUUUGUUCAUUCGAUAGCAGGAUAAUGCAAAACUACGUGGCUCAUUUCCUUGAAAAUUUGAGCAAUAUCCCAUUUUAUAUUUUAUAUAUAAUAUAUAACCGAAUAUAUCGAUUUUAUAUGGCACCCAUCUCAAUCGGUGAUUUACAGUGUGUGUGAAAAAGUUUUGCCCCCUUCCUGAUUUCUUAUUUUUUACAUGUUUGUCACAGUGAAAUUUCUCAGAUCAUCAAACAAAAUUAAAUAUUUGUCAAUGACUGAAGAGCGCAGUGACGACUCAUCCAAGAGGUCAUAAAAGACCCCACAACAACAUCCAAAGACACUGGGCAAAACGGCCUGCAUGGCAGAGUUCCAAGACCAAAACCACUGCUGAACAAAAAGAACAUCAAGGCUCGUCUCAAUUUUGCCAGAAAACAUCUUGAUGAUCCCCAAGACCUUUGAGAAAAUACUCUGUGGUCUGACUUUUUGGAAGGUGUGUGUCUCAUUACAUUUCAGAAAAAGAACAUCAUACCAACAGUAAAAUAUGGUGGUGGUAGUGUGAUGGUCUGGGGAUGUUUUGCUACUUCAGGACCUGGAAGAUUUGCUCUGAUAGACGGAACCAUGAAUUCUGCUGUCUACCAAAAAAUCUUGAAGGAGAAUGUCUGGCCAUCUGUUUGUGACCUCAAGCUGAAACCAAUUUGGGUUCUGCAGCAGGACAAUGAUCCAAAACACACCAGCAGGUAAACCAAGACUUUGGAGUGGCCUAGUCCAAGUCCUGACCUGAAUCCUAUUGAGAUGCUGUGGCAUGACCUUAAAAAGGCGCUUCAUGCUGGAAAACCCUCCAAUGUGGCUGAACGACAACAAUUCUGCAAAAAUGAGUGGGCCAAAAUUCCUCCACAGCGCUGUAAGAGACUCAUUGCAAGUUAUCACAAACGCUUGAUUGCAGUUGUUGCUGCUAAGGCUGGCCCAACCAGUUAUUAGGUUUAGGGGGCAAUCACUUUUUCACACAGGGCCAUUUAGAUUUGGAUUUUUUUUCUCCCGUAAUAAUAAAAAGUUUCAUUUAAAAACUGCAGUUUGUGUUCAGUUGUGUUGUCAUUUGUUUGAUGAUCUGAAACAUUUGGCAAACAUGCAAAAAAAUAAGAACUCAGGAAGGGAGCAAACAC